AUGAGCUGCAGCAGUGUGGCCGGCUCAGAGUUCUCUGAGGAAGAGUUGGAACUGUGCACUUUGGGCCAAGGUGAAGACGAGGGAAGUCCUAAAGGAUCCUUCCAGGACAGUGAGAGCUCCACCAGCCCCAGUGAAGCAGAAGAAGGUCAGACCAAGAAACGCAACCGCCCGGUGCGCUCCAAAGCUCGGAGGAUGGCAGCUAAUGUCCGUGAGCGUAAACGUAUCAUGGACUACAACCAGGCCUUCAACGCCCUCAGGGUUGCCCUGAACCAUGACCUCAGUGGAAAACGCCUAUCCAAGAUCGCCACUCUACAGAAAGCCAUCAACCGCAUCUCUGCACUGUCUGUGUACUUAAGCUCCAAUCCACCGAGUAAACCCUGCAGUCACCGUGAGUGUAACCGUGGCACAGGGGCCCCUCGCACGGAGCAGAGCCGGGCCCCUGGGCCCCGAGUGGAGCAGCAGAAUUACGUCCCCUGGCACAUGCCCAUGCCCCAUCAGAGGGCACAGCCAGGGUCUCACCUGCACAGGUUAUCUGCUGAGCCUCACAUCUACAUGGACACCUCAGGGUCCUCGUGCCCUCCAUCCCCGCACUACCCCUGCUAUCCUCCAGAGGCACAGCUCUACUCCACACACGGACACUGUGGAAGCCCCCAUGAGCACCCCCCCAGCCCCCUCAGGUACUCACAACCUGGGGAAGGCCUGGGCUACCAGUCUGCAGUCUGGGCCUCCUGUACACAAGGAUACAUAGAUCAGUUUGUAGAACCAGCGCCGGGACUUCACUGGCCUGUGGGCUACCUGCAGGAGCCUGAUCACAGCCUGUCACUGUGCACAGAGAUACUUUAA